AGAGAAAGACAAUAAAAAUUGUGCAAUUCAACCUUUAAUUUCGUCUUUUACGAAAGUAACAUGGUAGAAAUUGUUAUUUUGUCUGCAUAAAUCUAAAUCUAUUAUUUCUUAAGCGAAAUAUACUUCUUGGAUCUAUGCAAAUGGAAAUUUAACUUGUCCAAUAUAACUUGUGUACAAAACUAUUAAAACAUAAAAACUAUUAGAAAACAUGAAUUAUUUUAGCACUGUAAAGCUAAACUUAAGUCGCUCACGUACUUUUAUAACAGUAUUUUUUGCGUGGGGAAUUUACCUAAAAAGACCGAGUUCCUACAAUUAAUGUUGUGGUUGUUUUCAGGGAGCUUUGAGGCAGCUUGUAGUUACUUCAGUGAGAGCGUUUGUCACACUAGUAGAGACUCCUUGUCUCUGCACAGUGGGUGUAAAGCCUGACUUCGUUUGGGGUACUAAAGACAGAGUUCCUACAAUUAAUGUUGUGGUUGUUUUCAGGGGGCUUUGAGGCAGCUUGUAGUUACUUCAGUGAGAGCGUUUGUCACACUAGUAGAGACUCCUUGUCUCUGCACGGUGGGUGUAAAGCCUGACUUCGUUUGGGGUACUAAAGACAGAGUUCCUACAAUUAAUGUUGUGGUUGUUUUCAGGGGGCUUUGAGGCAGCUUGUAGUUACUUCAGUGAGAGCGUUUGUCACACUAGUAGAGACUCCUUGUCUCUGCACGGUGGGUGUAAAGCCUGACUUCGUUUGGGGUACUAAAGACAGAGUUCCUACAAUUAAUGUUGUGGUUGUUUUCAGGGGGCUUUGAGGCAGCUUGUAGUUACUUCAGUGAGAGCGUUUGUCACACUAGUAGAGACUCCUUGUCUCUGCACGGUGGGUGUAAAGCCUGACUUCGUUUGGGGUACUAAAGACAGAGUUCCUACAAUUAAUGUUGUGGUUGUUUUCAGGGGGCUUUGAGGCAGCUUGUAGUUACUUCAGUGAGAGCGUUUGUCACACUAGUAGAGACUCCUUGUCUCUGCACAGUGGGUGUAAAGCCUGACUUCGUUUGGGGUACUAAAGACAGAGUUCCUACAAUUAAUGUUGUGGUUGUUUUCAGGGGGCUUUGAGGCAGCUUGUAGUUACUUCAGUGAGAGCGUUUGUCACACUAGUAGAGACUCCUUGUCUCUGCACAGUGGGUGUAAAGCCUGACUUCGUUUGGGGUACUAAAGACAGAGUUCCUACAAUUAAUGUUGUGGUUGUUUUCAGGGGGCUUUGAGGCAGCUUGUAGUUACUUCAGUGAGAGCGUUUGUCACACUAGUAGAGACUCCUUGUCUCUGCACGGUGGGUGUAAAGCCUGACUUCGUUUGGGGUACUGACUUAAUAGAGACCCAGUUCAAGCCUGUAUCGGUGCCGAUAUUCAUUCUCAAAUUAAACGUCAACGAGAAAGGGGCAUACUUUUCCACUGACCCAUUUAUGUUUGAGAAAACCCUGGAAAAGAUCAUGGACUAUGGGAUAGUAAUGAGUCACAAGAUACCACAGGUGGAGCCCAUGUUGAUGGAGAGGCUGAAGUACGCCGAGGACCUGUUCUUGUCCUCCAUUGGGCUGCAAGAGGCGGAGAUAUGCACCCUGAAGGAACGGAUGCUGAAGGCUAUAAGAAGCGCUGUGGUGCCGUUAAUAGCCUACUGCAGGGAAUACGAUCGCCAUGUCCAGCUCUACACCCUUGACGUAGACCGGUUUAUCGAGAAGUACAAGGAAGAGAAUCACCCUGUCCACGAGGUAAAGGACGAGGUGGCUUUGCACAUGAGAAUGAAGGCUAACCUUAUAGCGACCAUCCCAGCCGUCAUCGUUAUUGGGCCAUUCAUUGUACAUGUAGACGCACUCAGACAGUUUCUUUGCAACAAGCGACAAGAAAUUGCUACCAAGCUGCUUGAUGCAUUUGCAGCCAAGAUGAAAGUACUUCUCGAGGGUGUGAUGGAUGAGUACAAGGCUGUGUACAGGAAAUUGUGUGAGAAGCCUGGGACCAUAGAAUUGCUGAUGGAAAUGAGAGAGUGGAUGGAGACAAUACCAUUAACAGUGAGGGGAUUGGACGACACAGUUCGUCGGUACCUUCUGGAGUACGAUAUGCUGGACCAGUUUUGGUACGCAUUGGAGCAAGAAGAGUUUGAGGCCAAGUGGGAGGCCCUGGGAUGGCCCCAGCGUCUGACUAUCAAGGUGGAGGAGGUCAAUAACAUGUUGGACGAAGAGACUGAGGUCUUCCAGAAACUGCAGGUGGAUGAUGAGUUUAUGCUGCAGGACCGCUUGGAGUUGAUCUCUGUCACCAUUGCCAAUUUGGCCGCACAAAGCGAUUUCAGUAAGGUACACGAAAUCGCUGUAGAUGUCAGAAGAGCUUGGAAACUCAUCAAAGAAACGCAGGAAUUUGGUCAACUCCUGAAUUCAAGACAAAAGCUAUUUGGGAUGCCCGUAACUCCGUUCGAUCAAAUUCGAAAACUUUCAAAUGAGUUUGAACCUUACAAGAACUUAUGGACUACAGCAUCUGGCAAGUAUCGUAUUAUUAGUUAUUUUGUAAAGAGUGAUAGCAAACUUGAUUCUUGAUUAUUCUCGAGCUUUCUCAUUGAAUACUCCUUGUACUCUGGAAUUACGAAUUAUUUUAUUA